AUGUUGAACCUCGCCCGCCAAACAUUGAAGAGAGUUCCGAGUUUUCAAGAGCUCUUGCAGGGAAAGAUGGCUGCCAAGGAAGAAAUUUCUGUCGAUGUGCUCGUCAUUGGCGCUGGACCGACUGGUCUGGGAGCCGCAAAGCGUCUGCACCAGAUUGAUGGCCCCUCAUGGCUGAUCGUGGACUCGAACGAGACUCCUGGAGGUCUGGCUUCGACUGAUGUCACACCAGAGGGCUUCCUCUACGAUGUCGGUGGCCAUGUCAUCUUCUCCCACUACAAGUACUUUGAUGACUGCAUCGACGAGGCGCUGCCUCGCGACGAAGACUGGUACACCCACCAGCGUAUCUCGUACGUCCGCUGCAAGAGCCAAUGGGUCCCCUACCCAUUCCAGAACAACCUGUCCAUGCUGGGCAAGGACGACCAAGCAAAAUGUGUCGAUGGCUUGAUCGACGCCGCUCUCGAGGCCCGCGUGGCGAACACAAAGCCCAAGGACUUUGACGAGUGGAUCAUGCGGCAGAUGGGUGUCGGCAUUGCCGACCUCUUCAUGAGGCCAUACAACUACAAGGUGUGGGCUGUGCCGACCACCAAGAUGCAGUGCCAAUGGCUAGGUGAGCGUGUCGCCGCUCCCAACGUCAAGGGCGUCAUCAACAACAUCAUCCACAACAAGACCGCGGGCAACUGGGGUCCUAACGCUACCUUCCGCUUCCCCGCAAAGGACGGAACCGGUGGUAUCUGGAUAGCUGUUGACAACACAUUGCCUGCCGAGAAGAAGCGAUAUGGUGACAAGGGCUCAGUCACCAAGGUCGACGCGGAGGGCCACAAGGUGAUCAUGAAGGACGGCACCGUCAUCAACUACAAGAAGCUGGUCAACACAAUGGCUGUCGACUCCCUCGUAGAGAAGAUGGGCGACAAGGAACUCAUCGACCUCAGCAAGGGACUUUUCUACUCCACCACACAUGUCAUCGGUGUUGGUAUCCGAGGUGAGCGACCAGAGCGCAUCGGCGACAAGUGCUGGCUUUACUUCCCCGAGGACGACUGCCCAUUCUACCGCGCUACCAUCUUCUCCAACUACUCGCCAUACAACCAGCCUCAGGCCGACGUCAAGCUCGCCACCCAGCAGCUUGCGGACGGCUCAAAGCCCAAGUCCACUGAGCCCCAGCCCGGGCCAUACUGGUCGAUCAUGCUUGAGGUCUCGGAAUCGAGCUUGAAGCCCGUCGAUGAGAAGAACAUGCUCAAGGACUCGAUCCAGGGUCUGAUCAACACCGAGAUGAUCAAGCCUGAGGACGAGAUCGUUUCGACCUACCACCGCCGCUUUGACCACGGAUACCCCACUCCCUCACUCGAGCGUGAGGGCGUCCUCACCAAGCUUCUCCCCGCCCUCCAGGCAAAGGACAUCCUGUCCCGCGGUCGCUUUGGCUCAUGGCGCUACGAAGUCGGCAACCAGGACCACUCGUUCAUGUUGGGUGUCGAGGCUGUGGACCACAUUGUCAACGGCGCCGUUGAGCUUACUCUCAACCACCCCGAUUUUGUCAACGGCCGCCAGAACACUGAGCGCCGUCUCAAGGACGGUGCGCAGAUCUUCGCCAAGCCUUCCCUGGCUCUGCGCAACAAGGGCGUUGACUAA